UUUUCUAUAUUGAUAAAAUAUUUUCUGCAUAAGGUGAAGUUGGUCGUCAAGUCUCACUUUCAUGUGUGGUUGAUACUGGACUAACUCGUUUGGCCACUAGGAACAUUGCUUUACCUACCAGUACCCUUUUAAGGAGGUGGCAGGAGAACCAUAUGUCAGAAGGGUUGUCAUUUCUGGAUUAUUUUGGUAAAGUCACUUGGGGACUUGCAUAGCAUCUGUCAUUAAAACACAUGUGGAAUUAAAUGUUAUAAGAAACUUGACAAUGGAUCGGUGGUAUUGGUGUGGCUCGAGUCUAACAGCAGGGGAAGUAGUUUGUACAACAGCAAAUGGAAUUCGACUAUAUGAUGGUGACAAGAGAACUGGCUAUGAUGAUGGACAUCUGACAUUAACAAAUCACCGACUACUGUGGCGGCAUGAAAGUCAGUCUUCUUCUUUAGGGCUACACCUUAGUUUAGUUGUGCUAGUGGAGGAUGAGGCAGGUGGUUUCACUUCAAGUCCAAAGCUACUGUUGCACUUAGCUCAGCCACCACAUAGCAAACCAGCAGGUCCAGUCGCUGCAAGCUCCAACUCUUUCAUAAAAUUGUCAUUUAGGCAAGGUGGUUGUAGUAGUUUUCAACAAGCUCUACAGAACGCUAUUGGGGAACGUGAUUGGGAGAAAGUAGUGAUACCAUCACUUCCAGCUAGUCAUGGUAAGCAGUCUGGAGGAAAAACAAUCCAUACAGGCAUUCUUGGUAUUGAACGUGCCAUCCAAGCAAAACAAGAAGAGACAAACCAAAAUAUAAGUCAUGCCUUUGAAGAUCUCAAGAAUUUAAUGGGCCUUGCCAAGGAUAUGGUGUUUCUUUCUAAAAGUAUCUCAAAUAAAAUCAAAGAACACUCUGGAGAAGUAUCUGUAGACGAUACAACACGGUUCAGGUCUUACUUGCUAAGUCUCGGUAUUGAUGACCCAGUUACACGAGAAACUUAUGGGUCAGCAACACAAUACCAUCAUCAUUUAGCCAAGGAAAUUUCCCAAGCCUUAGAAGAACCAGUGAAAGAAGUGGGCGGUGUGAUGCUUCUCUCAGAGGUGUACUGCCGUAUUAACCGUGCUAGGGGACUCCAGUUGUUGUCUCCAGAAGAUGUCAUGCAUGCCUGUCACUUAAUGAAAAAAUUUGACCUUUCACUUAAUCUUCACACAUUUGAAUCUGGAGUCCAAGUAGUUCAAACAGCUGGACUUGAUCAAGAUAAAGUAGUUGAAACAACUGUUGAGACAUUGAAAUCUCAUGAGGUUGAUGGUGUAUCAGCUGGAGACUUGGCAAGAGAAUGUGGGAUGCCCCUUCUUCUGGCUCAGGAACGACUUUUACAGGCUGAACGAUGUGCUAAAGCAGUGAGAGAUGAGUCCAGUGAAGGUUUACGAUUUUUCCCAAAUCUCUUCUUUUCACGUUCAUAGAAUUUUCUUAUGGGAUAUAUUGCAUUUGUAAUUUAAAAUAAAAUUAUACUGACCUCGCAUAGAGCUGUUCCUUCCUGUCAGAAGCUCAUUGCCUAAAGAGGAAUUUAGUAAUUGUAGAAAUUACUCAUCUUUAAGCUCUUUGUGCAAUCUGGGAUCACUUUUUUAGUGAUAGCUGCCUUACUUACCAUUGUGAUUUUAUUUUACGAGAUGAGAUGAUAAUGAUGCCUUAUGUCUUAUUGAAGUACUGUACUCUAUUGUACAACUUGAUUACAUUAUAAUACUGAAAAUUAUGCAGUAUUAUUUUUCUUUUUUUUUCUUUUCUUUUCGUUUUCAACAAAAAUGUCCAUAAUAUCAUUGCUUAAAUAUUGUACUGAAAAAGAGGAAAAUAUAUAAAUUAUUUUUAAUUGUAUAUUAAAAACAUUGUACUCUAAGGAAAACAGAUCAUUCAUAAUCUGAUUAAAACUGUACACACUGCACUGUACUGUAAAACUUUUGAAUAUGUAAGUACAGCAUGCCCUGAAAAUUUGUGGGGGAUUGGGUCUCAAAAUAGAUGUGAAUAGCCAAUUCUGCGAAUAUCAUUUGCUGACCAGGGGGAUGGGGGUACAGUACAUGUUUACUCAUGUGCAAAGAAAUGUAUACAUAUUCCCUUUAUGUGUUUUCCCUUAGGACAACUAUUUCUUUUACCUGCAUUUUGUGUGUGUGUGUGUGUACACACAAAAUAUAUACAAAUAAAUAAUAAUGGGAAAAAAUCCUCUCACAAAUAAUCAGAAAUUAGAGAACAAAAUGCGAGAAUCUACCCUCAAAUCAGCUCCGUGCUUUGUUAUUAAAGUUGAGUUGGUUGGGUUGCCAUAUGGCUCCCUGUCCCGGCCACGAAAAUGCCGGCAACUUUAAAACUACCCACAGACAUUCUUGGGUACAUCCAGGGUGUCAUCCGCGAAUUAAAAAUCAGCGAAUUGUCAGGGUAUGCUGUAAUUUUACUGUAUCAUGGAAGAGAUGCAUAACUAUAGUCAUGUAAAGGAAGAUUAUUGAUACUCAGAUUGUGAUAUGUUUAAUCUUAUACAAUUUAGUGAAAUCUCUCUAAUUCUGCAUACUGUACCGUAUAAAGGCAAAGAGAAUAUUUUAGUUUUUGUUUUGAAAUUUAGUCCAAACAAGAUUUGAAAAGUUUUACAUUCUUUUGCUGCAGUGUGUUGUGUAUCUUAGACUGUAUGUAAUAAAGAUGAUGUUGCCAUACAAGGUAUUUAUGCUUCUACUUUUCUUUUACUUGGUCUUUUAUCAUAUUGACAUGGCAUAGCUUUUUAUUUUUUUCACAUUUGUGUAUUGAAUCUUAUUGCGGUAUUAUUAUUACAGUAUACAGUAUUAUACAGUAGUAUAACUUAUAUUAUUUUUUUUUAUUAGCUAUUUCUUGUUUUUAUAGUACUAAUGAUCAAUUCUACUAAUGGGCUGAUAAGUAGCAGUAAUCUCCUUCUUAGCCAGAAUAAUUGGUGCAGAGCGUUUCUAGGUCGGGUAUUGAUGGGAAUUCUUUUAUCUCCGGAAAAUAUCGCAUGUCUACUGAAUUUUUCUUGGAAUUGGUGAAUGUUUCUUUGUCUAAAUUGCACAUCUGGUACAGAGCACAGCUGCUUCAGAGGCUUAAAUGCAAUCACACAGACAGCGGAAUCGCUUAAACCGGCCUGGGGUUCAGCACUGAAUGCAGGUACCUGUACUGUAUCCCUAACCCAGAAAAACACGACCAAAAUUCGGUUAGUACAGGGGGUCCUCAUAAUAAAUGUCUUCAUUAUAAGUGGUUUCCCACUUAGAUAGUCAAAUAAUUGUGGACCUACACAUAAAAAGUCCACACAGUUAAGAAGAUUCCAAGGCUGAAAUCUGCCAAUCUUUGGGAGCACAAGCAUUUGUGUGAUUGAAAUUCUGGGGUGCUUCCCAUUCUCUUAAUGAUCAUCCUUCUCACCUGCACUAUGCAUGCUCAGUACCAGUCGCCUGUGUCCACAGACAUUAUUUUUAAGUGCUCUAAGAACUGUAAUUAUCAACUUUGUUGUGUCUUUGGUGACACUGGUGGACUAUUUUUGUAGCCAUUGGUUCCAAACUAAAACAAGAUGGCUAAAAUAAAGUGUAGUAGCUCUCAAACCCGGAAAAAAACUCAUUACGGAAUUUUCCGGGUAACGCAAAAAUUUUCUCGGGAGCUCCAGAAAUUGCACGUUAUAUCAUCUCUCAAACCAGGAAAAUAUCCCACAUUCCCAGAAUUUUCUGGGUACAGGAAAAAUUGUCUCAGAAUUUCCGGAAAAUGCGCCUGAUUUUCGUCUCUCAAACCCGGAAAAAAUUCCCCAUCUCCGGAAUUUUCUGGUACUGGGAAAAUUUUCUCAGAAUUUUCCAGAAAAUGUGCCCCUCGGAAAAUCGCUCACAAAUCCGUAAUUUUCCGGAAAAUUCCUGCUUUGGGAACGAUUUUCCGAGAAAAUUUCAAUUCCGGCUUUCAAAGAGUUCAGAUUAACAGGGAAUCCGGCUAAUGGAGAUAUUAUUACUUUUUAGCAGUGUUCAUUAAUAUGAAUUUACUGUACAGCUUGAUAGUGUCAGGGAAAUGUCUUUUGUACUGCAUUUAUUUAUUUAUUUAUUUAUUUUAUUUUUCUUGCAUUCAUUUUAUCACCUGGGAGAUUCAGAGUACUGUACAACUAAAAUACUGUACUUGUGACUAAUUCUGUGCUGUAAUGAUAUUUAGGGUACAUACAGUAUUUGUAAAAUUGGGAACACACUGUACAUGCAUUAUGAUACUGUACUGUACUGUGCUUUGGAGAAACUUUAGCAACCAAGACCAGAUUACUUUAUACUUUAAAAUGAUCACUCGUAUUCUCAUUAGGUUUUGAUUGUUCCUAGGAUGCACUUGGAGGACUGUACUGUACUGUACUGUAGUUAGAAUCUUUCAUAUCUUAUGUACUGAAGUAUUAUAUGAAGUGAGAUUCCUGUACAGAGUAUCAGAUGAUGGAAUGAAUUGAAUAAAUUAGCUUAUAUUAAUUUUUUUGUGGGAUGGUUGAAUUAUAUUUCUGCUACAAGAUUCAAAAUGAUAAUUACUAUACAAUAUUUUCAACAAUGUACAAUAAAACAUACUCAUUUGGUAAUAAAAUAAAGUAGCCUAUCAAA